GCAAAAGGAAAGCAGUUGAUGAUGAUGAUGGUGAUGAGCCGAGGUUACUGUCUGCUGCUGCUGCUGCUGUUGCGUGCCUUAGAGUUGUUCAUCGACCACAGUAGUGUCCUAAAGGUGGCCAAGUGUGGCAGAAGCACGUGCAGUGCCUGCUGUGAAUCGCGUCCUAGAGAAAGGGGAAGCAAAACAAACCUUCGAGUGGCUUUUCGUGAUCGUGAGUGAAAAGUGUACAGUGUUUGAAGUAAAAUAGAAACAGAAGCAACAGUUUCCUGUCUCUCCGUCAGUUGCUAGUGUGCGAGCUCCAGAAGUUAAUCCGUUUAGUAUGUUGGCAAUUUCCCGGGCUUCAGUUCCGUUGUGCCGUCGUCGUGUUUCACUUUGAUCUGCUUGCGCCAUACAGAGGGAAAAAAACCGCUUGAAAAGAGGGAAAAAGGAUUAACUGAGUGAACGCCGCCGUUGGUGUGUGCCAAGCGGCCAAAAAGGAAAUAAAAGCAGCAGCAGCAUCAUGGCAACGCAAAUCUCAAAACUGUGGCUCGUGAUGCUACUGCUGAGCUGCGCCACAUUAUCUAGCUUCGCCAACUACCAGCAACCGCAGCAACAACUCGGACCAAAUGAUUUUAGUGGAGCCGGAGGAGGUGGAGCGAACAACAACAAUCUUCAACAACCGCUACAACAGCAAUCGCUGCAGCAGCAGCAACAGCAAGGGCGUACUUAUCCUCCUGCCCGCUUUCGACCACCUGCGGCCACAGCAGCAGCGGGAACCACUGCCGCGCCUAGUUUCUUCCAGCGUAUCUCUAGCUGGUUCUCCUUCCUUGGUGAUGACAGCGAUGAGCGACGCUCCCCACAGCGGCAACCACCGCCACCAGGCCAGUACAAUGGUGCCCAGCAACCGCAGCAACCACAGCCAACACCAUCGGUGCAAACUCAACAACAGUUGCAGUUUCAGCAACAGCAGCAACAACAACAGCAACAGCAGCAACAGCACCAGCUUCUCCAGCAUCAACAGCUGCAGCUACAACCGUACCCUUACCAACCACAACCCUUCCAACAACCUCAGCUACAACAACCGUUGCAACAGCAACCAUUUCCCUAUCCGUUCCACUUCCGCAACGGCAGUCGAGCGACGCAACUGACGCCACAGGUGCACACACCCCAAGCCACACCACCAAAGCUGGCCAUCGCAGGCUUUCAACCGAGUGCUCCUAUUCUCGAGAGUGGUUCCAGCUACCAUUCGGCGGUGGCAUCGGCGGUAGGUACAGGGCAUCAACCGUUCGUACCCUCCACGUUACAGCAACACAUCGUACCAGCGGCCGUCGCCUUCCGUGAUCCAGAACCAACCACAAUCAGACCACCACUGACUGGACCGGGCGCCGAAGUGCCCUAUCACCCGUGCAACAACGUUCCCUGGGUACCGAUAGCGGCACCACCGGAGUAUCCAGUUGCAGCUGGAGCUCCUGCAGCUCCUCCAAGGCCACCACCUCCUAGAACUCCAACUGGCAGCGACAAGGUGCCACCAAUUAAGAUUCAAGUCGCAACGAAAGGUCACGUACAAUCGGUGAGUCCGUAUUCCUCGGGAACACAACAAGAGCCGGCCAUUAUUACGGCAGCCCCGCAAGCACAACAGUUGAUCCAGCUACAGCUGCAGCAUCAACAGAGUCAACUGCAAAGUCUGCAACUACAGCAGCUCCAGUUGCAACAGCAACAACUGCAGCAACAGUUACAACAACUCCAAACAACAACACCACCACCACCGGCAGCGCCGGUCUCUCCGGUAGCGGCACAUUUUAUCACUCGAGCACCGGAUGCUUCAACAUCAACGUUGCAACCGAUCACGCUACGUCAGGUGUCGGCUUCGUACUUCACCAACAAAGAGUACGCACCACCGGCGAAGUUACUGCCGAUACAGAACGAGGGUAAACCGUUGGCACCGAUACCGUUGCCUAAUUUGAGCGCCACACCGAUCCCUCCGCUCUACACGGCCGGUUCGUUCCACAGUGAUCCGUACAAGUACUAUCGACCCUACCGUCCGGUAGAGCCGAUCCUAGAACUUGGCCACGGUUACCCACAAUCCUCCAAGUCCAUGUCCAACAGCUACAUCCGCUAUCCGCACCAACCGAAGGGGAAGACGAACGGUUCGCGCAUUCCGGACGAUGUGGAACAGUUUGCUUCGUCUGCGUCCUCGUCCAUCUACACCACAGUAUCGUACACGAAUGAGGAAGACUCGAAACCGGAGGGAUCGGAGAAGCGUGCCAAGGUGGCGGCGAGUAGUAAUGGGAACAGUGGUGCUCAUGCUCCUCCCGGGGACGCUUCGAACAAUCCUCCACGAUCACCACACAAAGCGCAGGAUGAUUCCGAUUACGAAUCGGAUGAGGACGAACGGAAUGGAUCGUCAUCGAUCAUCCGAACGACGAUCGAAGUGUCGAGUAUUGUGCCACAAACGCGGUACUACGGAUCAACUACAACGAUGCGACCGGAACGGUACAAUCAACCGGAAGACAGAACUUCCUCAACCCAUCCACCACCGGUACCAUCGGCCGAUCUUGGGAAUGGUGUGCAGAUCAUCUACUCCGCCAAUCUACAGACGAAUCCACCGAUUGUGACGGUCAACAAUCAGUUGAGUGAAGAGGAAGGCUCCGUUAAUCAGCCAACACUUGGGCCACCGACAGUCAGCACAACGAUGGCUACGACGACGACAAAAGCCACUCCGGUGACGUCCACCAGCACGGCGCGGUAUCCAUCCGCAAGCGAUAUCUACUCGGAACCGUUCCGCAUUGGACCGAACCUACCGAUGGAGUUCCAGAAGCCGAGCUACGGUGAAUCCGCCGAAUCGGAACUUGCGAUGGCAGACGAUACAACACCGCACAGUCCCACAGCACAAGGAAAUAGAUAUCGAACCACGACAGCGCCACCAAGCGCUACCACAACACCGUUACCUUCCUCACUGACGGCCGCUUUCGGUGGCUACCAGAGUCUCAUGUCCACGAAGAAGCCAAAGCAAAUCCAAAUCAUCAUCCCGUACCAGACGCACAAGAAACCGGAACCAUUCCGACCGCCCGGUGGACCGGAGGAGAAUCGCCUGGACCAGGAACUGGAUUACCAUGCACAGGAAGAGUCAUCGAUCGUGACUUCGAAGCACACCACCGGCACAACACCGAACGGGAACUCGAUCGAUGAACCAUCGAAACCGAAGCAACGCUUCGUCGAGAACGAUUCCGUCAAGUACUUCCAAUCGACGGCGCAUUUGCGGGACAUUCUACAGAAGGAAACAACGCAACCUUUCCGACGACAACCAACACCAUCGGCCACGGGAGGGAAACCGGUCAAAGCGAAGAAGGUACGGCCGGUUGAGAUCUCGAAGGAUUCGAAACCGUUCACGGUGCGUAUUCCGAAGAUGACUCCGUUGCCACCAGUUGCCGGGUUGAGUAGUUUAACGAGCGUUCGGUCGGGUUAUGAGCGUCACACUACGACGACCCCAGUACCGGAAGAGUCAUCUGAGGGUGAGGUUACACGGCCACCGUUGGUAGCGCUUUCGAAGUACGCCAAACCGAAGUAUAACACGCUGCAGGCUGUCAACGUGAGCACAACGCGUCUAAAGAUCGCACCAACAACGUACGCACAGAAAUCACGGACGACCAUUUCUCAGUUGCUGCGCACAACGAAGAUACUCCCCAAGGGGCCGAAGUUGUUCCGUAAUGAUUUACUCAUCUCCGAGGAACCACCGAUCCGUACAACGCGGCCACCUCCUUUCUUACCAACGCUCACAAGCUAUCAGCGCAGGACAACGACUGUACUGAGUGGUGACACUUUGACCUCGACUGCGGCAACGACAAGCACAACGGCUUCUACAACGACAACCACGGCUACUCCAAGGCCAACGACCGGGUUUGCGGAAGAUGCAACAACCGCCAGCCCAAUCUACGAGCGGUACGAACUGGACAUCAUCGAUCCGAAUGAGCUGCAGCGUAAGAUCGAUACCUGGACCGAGGAAGAGUUCGGUUCGGAGGACUUUGCGCGCAAAUCGAGCACACUGUCGUUGCACCGCGUUAGCAAAGCGAUUCCGUGGGAGUUCCUUACGUCCACCAUGCUACCGUCGUUGCGUGAUCGUGCCCCGGGUGGCAAACAUAGCCGGUCCGGGUGGCACAAUGUCAAGAUUGCCAUCUCACCCAUCACGAAGGAGAAGAUCUACGUGGUGACACCGCAACCGUGGACGGCGGCAUUGUUGCAGCAGCAGCGGCUCAGUAAUCAUCAGAUGGAGGAUGCGGGGGAUGAUUCGGAUGUUAGCGGGCUAGUGUCACCGCGGUUCAGUGUACGACCGACGCCACUGUACUACAAGAGUGGCGGUGUCUUCCAGACUGGCUCUUCCACGGUGGAUGUUUCACCGGAAUCUGUGAACGAGCUUUUGGAGCAGAAACCGAAACAUCGAUUCAGCAGCAGUAGCGGCGGUGGUAAUGCCGGCCCUGGUACCAGUGCGUCGAAAGUGAAACAUCUUUUGCAGCAGCGAAAGUACGUCCGGAAGAAACCACAAUCGUACCCGGGACCUCGGCCGACGGUCAGUUCUGUCAGCCCGGAGGACGUGUAGCCUAUGCGCUCCCUUCAUCCGUAAUCGGACUCUAGCCAGUCGCUGGGCGAGGUGCUGCUGGUGGUCCUCAAACCUCCU